AUGUCAUCUACAAUAUUCUACCGGUUUAAAUCACAGAACAAGAAUUCCAAAAUUGCUUUCGAUGGAACAGGGCUUACAGUGUUUGAUUUGAAGAAGGAAAUCAUCAACAUCAAUAAGAUGGCACCAGCAACAGACUUCAACUUGAGUUUGUCAAAUCCUGAUACAGAUGAAGAGUACAAAGAUGAUAACCAAGUGAUACCCCGCUCCUCUUUUGUCAUUGCUAGAAGAUACCCGUCAUCUAGGGUAGGGAAAGGCAAUGCCUCUAGAUAUAUUGCUGGGAAACCAAGAGUAUCAAAAACUGGCAGAGGAAAUCUUGCCUGGGACAACCAUAAUAAGAAUAGUACGAGUGCAAGCGGCGGUAUUCCCGGAAGUACCAGUGCUGCUGGAAAUAUGAUAACUAUAAGUGAAGACAAGAAUAUCUCUGAAGAAGAUAAGAUCAAAGCUAUGUUCCAAAAUCAGGAUAUGGCCUGGCAAGAGACGCAGGAAAUGAUGGAAAAUGCUACACCGGUGUACGUGAAAAGAGGGGAUAAUGCUGCUAGUAAGAAUGAGCCUCCUCCACCAGGCUAUAUUUGCUACAGAUGUGGUAGUAAAGAUCAUUUUAUUAAGAACUGUCCUACUAAUGGGGAUGUCAGCUUUGAUGGUAAAAGAAUUAAAAGAACUGCGGGCAUUCCUAAGUCAUCUUUGAAGGUUGUUGAUAAACCUCCAACUGAUAAUGCUGGUGGUUUUAUGUUGACAGAAGAUGGUCAAUUUGUGGUGGCAAUGGCGGAUAAAAAGGCUUGGGAAACUUAUCAAAAGAAGCAAAAUUUGUUCAAUAACUUGAACACUGAAAGUAUCACUGACAAAUCUCUCAUUGAUCCGAUAACUAAGAAAUUGUUCCAAAAACCAGUCAAAACACCAUGCUGUGGUAAAACUUACUCGUUGGAUACUCUUGAAGGACUACUUAUUGAGAGUGAUUUUAUAUGUCCUAAUUGUGACAAGUCAGAUAUAUUUUUGGACCAGUUAGUUGAGGAUAAAGAAAUGAAUGAUAAAAUUAAAACCUAUCUUGAAAAUGAGGCGGAGAAAAACGGUCUCAAACGUUCAGAUAUUGAUUCCGCCGAUCCUACCGGUAAUGCUGGCUUGCCUGAUUUGAAAAGGAUCAAGGUCGACGAUGGUAUUGACUUGCCUUCAAGACCUCAGCUUCCAGCUAUUCCAAAUGUUCACAUGCCGAUGGUUGCACCACCAGGUUUCCCAAUGAUGCCAGUGAACGGAUUACCAUUCAUGCCAAUGCCCUCACCGAAUGGAUUCCCUUUUAACGGCAUGAACAACGGGAAUAAUCAAUAG